ACGGUGGUAUAAGUUGCAUGUGAUAAUCGUAAUGUAAACAUUAUUAGAGAUUAGGAGGUCGGAGUCAGACGAUGGAUUUUCAGUCCGCAAUGGAAACGUUUGCAGAAGCGUGGGUUGCGGCUAUUACUCAGACCCCUUUAACAGAAGCAGCAGUCGAAGCUCAGUGUGUCUCUUGGAUGAUGGAAAGGAUUUAUACUUGGGAAGGUUCUGCACUAAAGGGUGUAUUAUGUAACCAAGCAACAACAGCUACGGCCCACCCCAAUGGUCCAACAGUGACCCUUCAAGACUUAAGUGAUAGGCGAGAACAUGUCCAGGAGGGAAGUGAAAGUGGAGGGUCAUCUGGUCUUCGUAGUCCAUCAAGUCAUCUGCCAUCUUCAAGUGUGUUUGGAGAUUUUCGAUCUUCUCAUCACUCUAGAAUGCCAUUGCUUGGACCAGAAGGAGAAAAGAGGGAAACUACCCAGGAGACCAGAAGGAGAAAAGAGAAAAACUACCCAGGAGACCAGAAGGAGAAAAGAGAAAACUACCCAGGAGACCAGAAGGAGAAAAGAGAAAAACUACCCAGGAGACCAGAAGGAGAAAAGAGAAAAACUACCCAGGAGACCAGAAGGAGAAAAGAGAAAAACUACCCAGGAGACCGAAGGAUUGGAUAA